UCAGCAUUUGACUGCUAUAAAUACCCCGGCAGAUUGAUAAUAGUAGUCGUAUUUCUUUUGUUCAGGGAUUUUGGAUUGUUUUUUAUUUUAUUGGGUGAAGCAAAGAAGAAGAUGGAACUUGACCUUUCUCCAAAGUUGGCUAAGAAAGUGUAUGGUGACAAUGGUGGAAGCUACCAUGCUUGGUGUCCCAAUGAACUCCCUAUGUUGCGUGAAGGCAACAUUGGUGCAGCAAAGUUGGCGCUUGAAAAGAAUGGCUUUGCCCUUCCUCGUUACUCUGAUUCUUCAAAGGUUGCUUAUGUUCUUCAAGGAGCUGGUGUUGCUGGAAUUGUCCUUCCUGAAUCAGAAGAGAAAGUGAUUGCAAUUAAGAAGGGUGAUGCUAUUGCUCUUCCUUUUGGUGUUAUUACCUGGUGGUAUAACAAGGAGGACACUGAGUUGGUUGUGCUCUUUAUGGGUGAUACCUCAAAAGGCCAUAAAGCCGGUCAGUUUACUGAUUUCUUUUUGACUGGCUCCAAUGGUAUCUUCACUGGCCUUACAAUUGAGUUUGUGAAGCGAGCAUGGGAUUUGGAUGAUGACACUGCUAAGGCCCUUGUUGAGAACCAAACAGGCAAAGGCAUUGUUAAGCUUGAUGCCAAUGUCAAGAUGCCUGAACCAAAGCCAGAACACCGACAAGGAAUCGCCUUGAACUGCGAGGAAGCUCCAUUAGAUACUGAUAUUAAGAAUGCUGGCAAUGUUGUGGUGUUGGAUACCAAAAAGCUUCCUUUUGUUGGUCAGGUUGGGCUUGGUGCUGAUCUUGUUAGGUUGGAAGGAAACGCAAUGUGUUCUCCAGGAUUUUCCUGUGAUUCAGCACUCCAGGUGACAUACAUUGUUAGGGGUAGUGGCCGUCUCCAAGUUGUCGGCGUUGAUGGCAAAAGGGUUCUGGAAACCAUUGUUAAGGCAGGUAAUCUGUUGAUUGUACCAAGGUUCUUUGUCGUUUCGAAGAUUGCUGAUCCAGAUGGUUUAUCAUGGUUCUCCAUCAUCACCACCCCCAUCCCUGUAUUCACCCAUUUGGCUGGGAGUAUUGGGGCUUGGAAGGCUUUAUCUCCUGAAGUUCUUCAGGCAUCUUUCAAUGUUCCUGCUGAGACAGAGAAGGUUUUCCGCUCCAAGAGAGCCAAUGAAGCCAUCUUCUUUCCCCCACCAAUCUGAAGAAACAAAGCUUUCCUUUAGCUCUCUACUAGUACUAGUUAUUCUAAUAAAUGCUUUUUAGUGAUUCUUAAUAAGAUUUUCCUUUCCUUUUUUUCAGAUCUUUCAUUCAUUUUAUUUCAGUGGAUGAUAUGAUAUCAAACAU